AAAUUACUGUCCUUAAAAUGAAAAAUAUAUAUAUACACAGAGUUGGGGCUUUUUCACUUUACUAAAGCUCAGGCUGUGCUUCUUACAAUGGAACAAUGAUCAAGAAAUAGAACUUUUUUUCCUCCUUUAUAAUAUGACCAAACAAGGGUUAGUGGCAAUGAGCACUGCAUUACUUAAAAGAUACUGAAAAACUUGAAAUACUGAUGAAUGUCUAGCAAACACCUGCUUCCCAAUCCUCACUCUUGACCUAAGACCUUGUUUCCUAUUUCACUGAGAAACAGAGAAAAAAUUAGAUGAGAAUGUGCACAAGCUCCUACCAUAAGAUCUUCCUACCUUCCUCUAACUGCACCUCUAUACUGUUACUAUCAAAUGCUCCUGUGUCCCUAACAAAGGCUAUUUCCUCUCCUUUUGCACUAAAUUCCAUGUACUCAUGCCUAUGAGGAGACAUUGUUCCAGUAAUUAUCUCCUUUCUUCUGCCUGAGUCAGCCUCCAGGAUGGCUCCCAGUGAUCCCCACCCUCCUGAUAUCCACACCAUGAUGCAAUCUGCUUACACUCUAAAUCAGGGAUGAACCGUGUGACUAAUAGAACACUGCAGAAGGGAUGAUGUGUGACUUCAGAUGCUAGGUCACAGAGGACAAGGACACUGCCCCCUUCUUGGAUUUCUCACUCUGUGGAAAGGCAGUAACAUUCCAUGAAACAAGCAGUCCUGUGGUGAGGCCCAUGUCAAGAAGGCCUGAGAUCUCCCAACAUCAACUACAGCCAAUUCGUCAGUCAUUCAUAGGUUAGCUUUUCAAGACACUUCCUGCAUCUCUGACCUGUUGCACCUCUGUUAUCUUGGCACCUCUGUUAUCUUAGCAGCAAGCACCUGCUUCAGCUGACCCUUGAGUCAUAACCCAUAAGCUCCUGAAAAGUACAUCAAGUCUAAAGUGAAGCAGCUAAACUCAUCAAGACUGGAACCAUGAGCAAUAACGGAGCAGACCUAACCUUUGGUUACAUCUCCUGUUUUGUAGCUAUCCUUUUGUUUGGCUCAAAUUUUGUGCCACUUAAAAAAUUUGAUACUGGUGAUGGAAUGUUUCUCCAGUGGGUCCUUUGUGCUGCCAUAUGGUUGGUUGCCUUGGUAGUCAAUCUGAUAUUGCAUUGCCCAAAGUUUUGGCCUUUUGCAAUGCUUGGAGGCUGCAUUUGGGCAACAGGGAAUAUUGCUGUUGUCCCAAUUAUCAAAACCAUUGGAUUAGGCCUUGGAAUCUUAAUCUGGGGAUCAUUUAAUGCCUUAACUGGCUGGGCAAGCUCAAGGUUUGGUUGGUUUGGAUUGGAUGCAGAAGAAGUGUCAAAUCCACUGCUAAAUUACAUUGGAGCCGGGCUCUCAGUAGUAAGUGCUUUCAUAUUUUUGUUCAUCAAAAGUGAAAUACCAAAUAACACGUGUUCCAUGGAUACCACUCCAUUAAUAACAGAGCCUGUGAUCAACAAAACUCAAGACCCCUGUUCCUGGGUGGAUAAACUUUCUACAGUACACCACCGCAUAGUGGGCUGCAGUCUUGCAGUGAUAUCUGGAGUACUCUAUGGAUCUACAUUUGUGCCAAUCAUCUAUAUCAAGGACCACAGCAAAAGAAAUGAUAGUAUAUAUGCAGGGGCAAGCCAAUAUGAUUUAGACUAUGUUUUUGCACACUUCAGUGGCAUCUUUCUUACAAGUACUGUCUACUUUCUGGCCUACUGCAUAGCCAUGAAAAAUAGUCCUAAACUAUAUCCUGAAGCAGUCCUACCAGGAUUCCUGUCAGGAGUACUUUGGGCAAUAGCUACCUGCUGUUGGUUCAUAGCAAAUCACUCUCUGAGUGCUGUGGUCAGUUUUCCAAUAAUCACUGCUGGUCCAGGAUUUAUAGCUGCAAUGUGGGGUAUCUUCAUGUUUAAGGAAAUAAAGGGUCUACAAAACUACCUAUUAAUGAUACUUGCAUUUUGCAUCAUCUUGACUGGAGCCUUAUGCACUGCUUUUUCUAAAAUCUAACAAUGACAAGACCAGCAGAUGGCAGCAGUGGUUAAGCGAAUCUGUCUAUGGGACAGCAGAGAGAUUAUGCUGAGAGAAGAGUGCAUUUUCAUACAGCAAAUGGAUCUCAGCCACUGUUGGAGUGGGUAAAUGCUUUUUUCCCCCAAAAAUGUGAGAAUGAAGGAAGAUUGAGUUUCAUUCAAGUAUAAAAAUGAAAAUUUCUUCUAAUGAACUGUUUAUGAAAGUAGUACUUUACUGGGUGACUAAAAUGUCUACAUUAUUAUAGCAUUACAUGUGAGGAUGCUCAUUUUACCACAAUAUGUAUCUCAUGUUGCAUAAUCUAGAACACAGUAUAGAGUCCAUAUGCAAAGAAGUUACAGCCCAAAUUUCUCACCUAUUAUCCCAGUGAAGUGAGGCAGAAAUACCUUGGGCAAGGAGGGAGAGCCUUACCUUCUAAUAGAAUUAGAUUCCAUAGAUAUUUGGAUCCUUUGUUUCAUAAAGUAAAUGCAUAGUUGGUAACUAAAUGUUAAAAAGGCCAUUUUAUUAUUUUUACCCAAAACUUACGUUUAUUUCAAGUUAAUAUUGCCCAAUUCUACAUCAUCUACCCAUUUUAGCUCAUAAUGCUUUUGAUUAUCGCCAGAUAAAGUCUAUUCUCAGAGAACAGAAAUUUUUCAUCAUUGAGAAUAUGUGCAUAACAUAAUACAUACAUACACAAGUAUAUGCACGUACAUAAAUACACACAGAUAUGUUGCUAAAAUGAGAUUCUGGGUUAUCAGUAACAAUUUAAAGGAACUAACCACUCUUUUGAAUGUACAAUUAUUUUUUUUCUGAAAUACACUUUUCUAAAACCCUCUUAACUGGAGGUUUUCCUGUUUUCUUCUUGUUUUAACUGGUGGUUUCCAGUAGGCAAAAUAAAAUGACAGGCAUGCUAGUAUUCUUUGUUUGUUUGUUUGUUUUUUAAGAAAACUGAAAUUAAGCCAGACAGGGUGGCACAUGCCUAUAAUCCCAGCUACUGGGGAGGCUGAAGCAGGAGGGUCACUUAGCCCAAGAGUGCAAAUCUGCCAGCCUGGGCAACAUAGCAAGGUCCCAUCUCUGAAAAAUAAAUUUAAUUUAAAUUUGUAAGAAAAAAGAAAACUGAAACAGAACUGCUAGUACAAUGUUUGCUGCAAUUAUUUCCAAAACUUUGAAAUAACAUAACCCCUAUUCAAAUGUAAAUUUUACCCAUUCCCACCUGAUAGUACUGUUUAUUACUUUGCUAUGCAGGAGAAACAAAACAGCAUUCUAUUUGUGUGUAUACCCUGCAGUCAGUGUGCAUGGGUUAAAUCCCACCUCUGCUUCAUUUUAUUUGUGUGACUUUGGACAAGUUCCUAAGCCUUCUGUGUCAGGCCCCUCAUUUACAAAAUCAACUUUAUGAUAGCAUCUACCUCACAUGGUUAUUGUGUUGUUAAAGUUAGUUAAAAUCUGUAAAGUAUGUUGAUGAGUAUCUGAUACUUCGCAAACACUAUGUAAUUGUUAGCUUUUAUUAUGUGUUGUUUGAAGGGGAAAAAAAGUUUUUGUAGAUUGUAGAACACCACUUAAGAGCUACUGAGCUCACCACCUUCCCAUCCAAACAAUUAUUACUCCUGUAAAUGAAUACUACUUAAAAGUGAUAGAGCUUAUGUUUGUUUAUUGACUUGCUAAUCCAAAUAAAUAUUUGAUUAUAACUUCUUAUACUCAUUUCAAUUUUAAUCUGAAAUGUCAUUAAAUUAUGCUGAUAAACUGAAUAAAUUGUGAUACAAAAGCUA